AUGAAUUUACUGAAAUAUAUUUCUCAUUGUAAAUAUGUUGAAGGCAAUGCUGCAUUCUCAUCCGGCUUUGCUACGCUUAUCAAUGCUGCCAUUGUUCUUCAAGGGUACGAUUCACUGAAUACACGUACCCAAGUGGGCAUUGGUAUAGGAAUUACUUUCCUAUGGGCUGUUCAGAAUGCAUUGCGCAUCGACCAACAAGGUUGGCUCAAUAAUUUUGCUGCUUUUUUGCAAUUUGGUUCGACAAUUGUUAUUGUUAUCGUUCUUCUUGUUAUGGCUCCUGAACGAGCUACAGCUCAUAAUGUAUUCACAUCUACAUACAAUAGUACAGGAUUUCCAUUUCCAUAUGUGUGCUUCAUUGGUAUUCUUUCAACACUAUUCUCAUUCUCUGGCUACGAAGCUGGUGCUCAUAUGGCUGAAGAAACUAGAGAUGCUGGCCGUGCAGGAAUUGUGGGAACUUGUGUUUGCAGUGCUAUUACCGGUACUGUUUAUUUGCUUGCUCUACUCUUUGCCAUUCCAAAUGUGACCUCAUUUGUCGAGAAUAACAGUGGUAUCAACGGAACGGAAGAUUUGGCUGUUGCUACCUAUAGACUUGCUGUACCUCUUCGAGGUGCACUUGCACUAACAAUUCUGCUCAUUAUCAAUAUGUACUUUGCUGGUAUGUCAGCAAUCACAACAACUAGUCGAAUCGGAUUUGCCAUGGCUCGUGAUGGUGUGUUUCCAUUUUCAAUUUAUCUCCGAUGGAUAUUCAAGCCCACAAAAACUCCAAUAGCUAAUGUGUUUUUUGUUUUCAUCCUCGAUUCUCUUCUUCUUCUACUUCAAUUAGCAUCAACGACUGCUUUCACUAAUAUGAUUGCCAUUACUGCACUCGGCUUUCAAAUAUCGUAUUUCAUACCUAUUUUUUUUCGAUGUACAGCAGCGAGACGUACUUUCGUACCCCGCGAAUUCAACUUAGGUCGCUUUGGUCUACCAGUCGCUAUCAUCACAUCUAUUUGGCUUUUUAUCACAUCAAUAAUCAUGUUCUUUCCAGCAGAAUAUCCAGUUACAAAGGAUAAUAUGAACUAUGCUGUGGUAAUCGUCGGUGGCAUAGCAGUAUUUGCAACAGUCUAUUGGAUUGUUUCUGCUCGUCAUUGGUUUGUAGGUCCAAAAAGAACUACUAAGAAUCCAUUUCAAUUAUUACCAGUUUAUAUUACUAGCACCAGUGACACUAAAAAAACAUUGCCAUCACCCGGUGCUAUUCAUAGUUCAUUGUGA